UCAGGCAUGUUUUGUUCUGAUGACGAGCACCGGCUUUAUAAGGAAUUGUUUGCCCAUUAUAACGAAAUCAUCAGGCCUGUUGAAAAUGUGUCUGACCCGGUCAUGGUUUGGUUCGAAGUGUCUUUAUCUCAGCUGGUCAAAGUGGAUGAAGUGAACCAGAUUAUGGAGACUAAUUUAUGGCUGAAGCAUAUUUGGAAUGAUUACAAACUCAGAUGGGAUCCAGAGAAAUACGGCGGUGUGCAGUAUGUCCGAGUGCCAUCAAAAAAGAUCUGGAAGCCUGAUAUCAUGUUAUAUAACAAUGCGAUCGGAGACUUCCAGGUGGACGACAAAACGAAGGCCUUGCUCAAUUUCACUGGAAACAUCACGUGGAUGCCUCCAGCCAUAUUUAAGAGCUCAUGUAAAAUAGACGUGACUUACUUUCCCUUCGACUACCAGAACUGCACCAUGAAGUUCGGCUCUUGGACCUACGACAAAGCUCAGAUCGACUUAGUGCUCGUUGGAUCCACCAUGAAUCUCAAGGAUUAUUGGGAAAGUGGGGAGUGGGCCAUUAUCAAAGCCCCCGGCUAUAAGCAUGACAUCAAGUACAACUGCUGCGACGCCCUCUACCCGGAUAUCACCUACUCUUUGUACAUGAGACGCCUGCCCUUGUUUUAUACCAUCAACAUGAUCAUCCCGUGCCUUCUGAUUUCCUUCUUGACUGUGUUGGUGUUCUACCUUCCGUCGGACUGUGGCGAGAAAGUAACUCUGUGCAUAUCGGUCCUCUUAUCCUUGACGGUUUUCUUCCUGGUCAUAACGGAGACCAUUCCGUCCACGUCGCUGGUGAUCCCGCUGAUAGGAGAGUACCUCCUCUUCACCAUGUUGUUUGUCACACUCUCCAUCGUCAUCACCGUCUUUGUACUUAACGUCCACUACAGAACUCCCAGGACCCACACCAUGCCGGAGUGGGUGAAGGUGAUUUUCCUCAAAUUUCUCCCCCGCGUCAUGUUCAUGACGCGGCCCCCCAGCAACGAAGACGAGGGCAGGCCCGAGAAAGUGAAGCCUUCUUCCCAUGCAGAGCUGGCCCCUUUGAACUUCAUCCAGAUACCCGACAGCAGGUACUGUCAAGACUGCUUCUCAUGCCAAGGGUUUACACACGUGUGUUGCCUGCAUGAGCACAGAACACACCUGAAGGCCACCGGCAACCUGACGCAGAGCUCCAGUUCUGAAUCCAUGGAUGCGUUGUUUCCAUCUUCGUUUAUAUCGCCAGAAAUGAGAGAUGUGAUGGACAGCAUCAAAUACAUCGCCGAAAAUAUGAAACUGCAGAAUAAAGCCAAGGAGACUCAAGAUGACUGGAAAUAUGUUGCCAUGGUUAUUGACCGUAUUUUCCUGUGGGUAUUUAUUCUCGUGUGCAUUUUGGGGACAGCAGGAUUGUUCCUGCAACCGCUGCUGAUCAGAGAUGAAGUUUAA